UAUGGCAGGGAUAGGAAAUAUCUCCAGAUGCAGUGCACAAGAGAUCUAGAGCCCCACUGUGACAGCCUGAAGCUAACAGAGGCCCCAGCCUGGGGCAGGGUGCAGGGUCUGGCCCCAUAGCACAUCCUUUUGGGGCAGCCAGGAGGCUGCUCUGCUCUGCAGGGCUGAUUGGUGGUUCUGUUCCUGCAUUAGCCGUGGUGCUGCUGGGUUUGGGGUUCUUGAAAGACCUGGUGCUUCUAAGAAAACCAUUGAAAGCCAACAAGCUGUAUUCGCCCGCAUUCUCACAUCCAUGGGCUCUAACCCUAUGGGGGGUUGAUCCCAUCACUGCAAGGAAGCGCUUCUCUGAGAAGUAAGGAGAGAUGUCCAAAGGACAGUGUCUGUGGUGUUUUAAUGUCUUUGAGAGGAUUAGUGCUGUUCCUACAAAUUAGGAGAGGAAAUAAGUGGGUGUGGGAGCACUUUGGGGCUAUGGACUCUGUGCUGGGCUGGUGCAUGUGCUGCUUGGAGCUGAGUGCCGCUGCUGCUGGGGUCUGUUCCACAGUACUGGCAUGUCUGAGGGGCAAAGGGAUGUCAGCCAUCAAACCCACAGCCUCUGCCACCCCGCAUCUUCUAGGGAAGUGCAGACAGUCUGAAAUCAUCUCCUGAAGCCGUGAUUUCCCCCUGCAGGCUCCAAGGAAGGCUGCAGAAGAGCAGUGAUUCCAGGCUGAGGAGCUCUUUUUGCACUCCUCCAGGUCAGCCUGCUUUUGGAUGAGGACAUCACUUUGGUUCUUGUAGCUGCUGGACCAAUCCCAGCUCAGCUGGUGACGGUUGAAGCAUCCCAUGGAAUGUGGGCCCUGUGCUGCUCAGUGCAGGGUUUUUGAGAAGCAGCAUCUCUGGCACAAGAUGCAUUACAGGGAAGAGAAGCGGCUGGUCCCUCUGUGGCAGUGAGAGCCACAAGUCAGGCAAAGGCAGCCAGGAGGACUGAUCUUUCCCAAGGAUUGAGUUGUGAGUACUGGAUCCCAGCAGAUGCCUCAGAUUCUUCUUUUUUCCACCUUUCUGGGCUGUUGUCUGCUUCUUUUACAGGGAGAAAUGUUGCAACCACUUUGUGCUGAACUCUUGGGCACGGUGAAGGCAGUGCCAGCGUGUCGCAGCCCGGAGCCGCUGCACGUGGGUGACAGCUGCUGGCAGAGGGAUGGAGGUGACAGGGGUGCACAGGGAUGAAUCGCAGCUACACGUUUUGCUGGCGUGCACCAAGAGGCAGCAGUACGCAGGGGUGAAACACACAGCUUGGCAGAUGCGACUGGCCCUGCGAUCUGCUGGAAAAAAGCCUUUGGUUCUGCUUUGCCAGUUAGCUCAGGGCAAGCUCUGGGGAAAGUCUAGAAAUCCUGCACAAAAAAUCCAUUCUCACCAUAUCUGCCUCGGGGUCUGUGUGAAUGCUGCUCAGUCUGCCCCACAGCCUGCAGUCAUCUUGGUGGCAUCCGGAAAUGUUGGUGUUUUAUCUCAAACGGACCUCAUGCCCAGGACCCUGGAGGGGCAGAUCACCAUGGAGAAGACCCCCAGCUACUUCGUCACCAAGGAGGCCCCGGCCCGCAUCUCCUCCAUGGCCAAGGGCACGAAGCUGAUCGUGGUGGUGCGGGACCCCGUGACCAGAGCCAUCUCGGACUACACGCAGACGCUCUCCAAGAAGCCCGACAUCCCCACCUUUGAGAGCCUGACCUUCAAAAACAGGACUACGGGCCUGAUCGACACCUCGUGGAGCGCCAUCCAGAUCGGCAUCUACGCCAAGCACCUGGAGAACUGGCUGCUCUACUUCCCCAUCGGGCAGAUCCUCUUCGUCAGCGGGGAGAGGCUCAUCAGCGACCCCGCGGGGGAGCUGGGCAGGGUCCAGGACUUUCUGGGCCUCAAGAGGAUCAUCACCGACAAACACUUCUACUUCAACAAAACCAAGGGCUUCCCCUGCCUGAAGAAGGCGGAGGGCAGCAGCAAACCCCACUGCCUGGGGAAAACGAAAGGCAGGACCCACCCCGACAUCGACCAGGAGGUGGUGCAGAGGCUGCGGGACUUCUACCGGCCCUUCAACAUGAAGUUCUACCAGAUGACGGGGCAGGACUUCGGCUGGGACUGAGGCUGGCGUGGGAAAGUCCCCUGUAAUUACUUGCCCAUCACAGUUUGCGUAUAUAAAGAGAUAUAUAUGUAUGUAAAAUGUACAGAAAUCUAUUUUAUAAUAAUUUAUUUUUAAUUCCUAAGCAAUUAAUUCACUAAGCUGCCUAACCGCACUGGCUAGAACGGUAGCCUGUAACCUGUUUAACAUUCCACCGUGUUUAAUUCUAAUAUGUCUCUUCUUUUUUUUUUUUUUCCUCCUUUUUUUUUUUUUUUUUUUUUGGUUUGGUUUGUAACUGACGGUGCUUCCAUUUUUCCUAAAGAAGAUUUGUAUUUAAAAAUAAAAAAAGCAAAAAAAAUCAAAUACAAAAACAAAAACAAAAAAAAAAAGGGACGGGUGGGAAGGGAGGGAGGGGAAAGCACAAAUUUAUUUUUGUUACGGGUAUCUGGCCUUUAUAAACACUUGCUUUCCCUAUUCCGGUGUCCCGGUCUCUGCUCCCUCGUCCCAGGGGUUCUGUGGGGCGGGUGGGUGCAGAGCUGGUGGGUCAGAGCGUGGGGAAUCCAAGCCAUAGAGCCCCUGCCUGGUGUCCCAUGCUCCUUUCCUCGUGGGGAUGCUGCAGAGCCUGCGGCGCAGGCAGAGUGGACUCUUGAGCCUGCUGCUCCUUGCCCUGUGUCGAGGAGGCUCUUUCCCACAGUCCCUCUAUGCAUUUUAAAUCUUGACUGCAGGACAAAUGUGAAAAUGCAUGUAUAUGUGAGUGCGAUGCACUCUGUGCUGCUCAGAAGCCACAUGUGGUGCCUGCCCCACGGGGGGAGAUGCCAGAGAUACCCGCAGAGCCACCUGAGCCCCCAAGUCUGAGCCUAGCACUGUGCCCUUGGUGCCCCCCAGGGCACUGCCCCUGCUGGGAAACAACAGCUGGCCCUCUUUACUCCUGCUGUAUUUUGGUUGAACACAUUUCCCAUGCUCUCAAGGAGCAGUAUGUGCUUAGAACUGGGAAAAAUGCUGCUUUGCCAAUGAGGGCAAACCUAUAGAAAAGCAGGGGGAGGCUGGCAGCUGGGCAGGAUGGGAGGCUCUGAGCACCUCGCUGUCAAGCCGUGUGCAGUGACCUGGAAAUCCUUCCCCAGAAGUGGAAUUGAAUGUGUUGGAACGUUAGAACAGGUUGGCAGGGCUCUCCGAAAAGCUCCAGCUGUGUUUUGCAUGCUCAGCAGGUUUUGGUAAUCACUGUGUGUGCCCACUGCCUUGUUGCUGUCAGAGGUUCUGUUAGCUCAGCUGAACACCUGCAGGGCUGUGGUGAAGCUGUAUGGGCUGUGGGCUGACACAGCAGCGUUCCAUUGGGUACCUUGUCCAUGCUGGUGGGGUGUGUGGGGUUCACACCCCGUGUGCAUGUCCUUAAGAAGUGGGAGAUGUCAAGCAUGAUGCCAGGUAGCAAAACUGCAGUGAGCAGGACCAGCUCCCCAUGUGGGCAUUGCCCCCAGACACGUCUUCCUACAAAGAGAAUGUGAUGCAAAUCCUCUCCUUGCACCAAGCCUUUUCUGGCAAUGAAGCAAUGCUUAGGGCCACCAUCCACCAACAGGAGUGUGGGACCGGACAGGUUAGCAGAGCACACCCCGCUGUCCCACAAAUACAGCUGAAACCCAUGGUGGUGGUUGGAUCUAUGCACAUUUGGGGGCUUUGGUGCCCAGCCAGGCCCCGUUCCCUACUGACAGAUGCAUGAGCACAUUGCAGACCCCAUAGUGUUGGGUGGCCUGGGAGAAGGAACUGCUUGGGGCUGGUGGGGUGAUGAGAAGGAAACACUUGGUGUUGGAAAAGUGAUGAGGGGUCCCAACAUUCUCAGUAUUCUACAAGCUGGCUUAUGCAAAGUGCAGAAGGAAAAAGCUUGCCUUCCCCAAGUGAUUCCCACUCUGUGGCUUCCCUGCCAUGUGCUUCCCUUAGGGUGCGUGUGCCCGCCUGUUUUUUGUGCUGGAAGAUUCAGCAUCCCCUCUCUCUUCUAGGAUACAACUUCUUAAUAUCCCGAUGUCUUCCUCAGCUGCGUGGCAGAGCUCAGGCUUCAUUUGUGUUAUCCAACCCUGCUGCAAAACGCUCUCAUGAAGCAAUCUUCUAGAAGAGCAGAAAUACAGAGGGUGAAUAAUAACUCUUCUAACUGUGAGCAAACGGUUAGCCCUGCCUCAGUAUCCUCUGUAAUGAAGUGUGUAGUAGACUUCAUUCACUGUAGAGGCCUUACCUGACAGUGUGACAGCAAAGGUGAAUUCCCCGUGGUGUACGGCCGGUUGCUAAUACUGGAAUCAGUUCUAUUGUCAUCAUUUAAAAACAAAACCUUUGGUGUUUGUUUGUUUUUUGUUUGAAGUUAAGCUUGGAGGUGUGAUUAGAAGUUCUUUUUUUUUUAUUAUUUUAUUUUAUUUUUUAAACCUUCACAUUGUAACAUUAAUUUAUGGCUGAGUUUCAUUCAGUCCUGUAUUCUGAAGUGCAGUACAGGUAUUAGUGAUGCGUUCUCUGUAACAUGGUACUGUAGAGUAGCCCAUUUGUUAAAAAAAAAAUAAAAAAUA